CCCCUCGGCAGCGAGAGCGAGGACAAGCUCGGUAUGUACAUGGAUCUGGUGGAUGGCGUCUUCCUCAACAAAAUCAUGUUGCAAAUAGAUCCUCGGCCAACCAACCAACGUGUUAACAAGCAUGUGAAUAAUGACAUCUAUCUUCGGGUUCAAAACUUGACCAUCUUAAUCAGAAACAUUAAGACGUACUAUCAGGAGGUCCUCCAGCAGCUGAUUGUAAUGAAUUUACCAAAUGUUUUAAUGAUUGGCAAAGAUCCUCUCUCUGGUAAAAGUAUGGAUGAAAUUAAGAAGCUGCUGUUGUUGAUUCUGGGUUGUGCUGUGCAGUGUGAAAGAAAAGAAGAGUUUAUUGAAAAAAUAAAACAGCUGGAUAUUGAAACGCAAGCUGCUAUUGUGUCACACAUUCAGGAGGUGACUCACAACCAGGAGAAUGUCUUCGAUUUGCAGUGGCUGGAGCUUCCAGACAUGGCUCCAGAAGAGCUGGAGUCUCUCUCCAGGAACAUGGUUUUCCACCUCAAGAGGCUCAUUGAUGAGAGAGAUGAAUGCACAGAAGUGAUUGUAGAUCUCACUCAAGAGAGAGAUUAUCUGCAGUCUCAGCAACCACCAACUCCUCUGAAAACACCAAGUCCAGAUUCAUCACCAAACCCAGCCAACCCUCGUUCUACUGAAGACAAACAGCACCUUGCGGUUGAGCUGGCAGACACAAAGGCUAAGUUGAGAAGAAUCCGGCAGGAGCUGGAAGAAAAGUCUGAGCAGCUUGUGGACUCAAAACAUGAAGUUGAGCAGCUCAUCCUAGAGCUACAAAAAAUAAAACAAGAGAAUAUCCACUUGGCCUCAGAUGCUCGCUCUGCCCGAGCUUACAGAGAUGAGCUGGACUCCCUGAGAGAGAGGGCAAACCGUGUGGAGAGACUUGAGAUGGAACUUGUCCGGUGCAAAGAGAAACUUCAUGAUGUGGAUUUUUACAAAGCUCGUAUGGAGGAGUUAAGAGAAGACAACAUCAUAUUAAUUGAAACAAAGGCCAUGCUAGAAGAACAGUUAACAAUGGCAAGAGCUCGUGGUGAUAAAUUGCAUGAAUUAGAGAAGGAAAAUUUGCAGUUGAAGUCCAAACUUCAUGAUGUAGAGCUGGAUCGGGACACGGACAAGAAGCGAAUUGAAGAACUACUGGAGGAGAAUAUGGUCUUGGAGAUUGCACAGAAGCAGAGCAUGAAUGAAUCUGCACACCUAGGCUGGGAACUAGAACAACUGUCAAAAAGCACAGAUCUUGCAGAUACUAGGAAGUCCUUUGUGUUUGAGCUGAAUGAGUGUGCGUCGAGUCGCAUACUGAAGCUAGAGAAGGACAAUCAGAGCUUGCAGAACACGAUCCAAGAGCUGAGAGAUGCCUCCUUGACCUCCAGAGAGAGCAGCCUGAAGUUUGUGGAACUGGAAAAAGAAAAUCAGCAGCUCAGCAAAAAGAUUGAAAAAUUGCAAAAUCAGAUUGAAAAAGAGAAGCAAAGUAAUCAAGAUCUGGAGACCUUAAGUGAGGAGCUGAUUAAAGAGAAAGAACAGCUACAAGUCAUCAUGGAGAGUUUGAAGGCCGACAAAGACAGACAGAUAAAGGACCUUAAACAAGAAAAUGAUCACCUUAAUCAAGUGGUCUUAUCCCUGAGACAAAGAUCUCAAGUAAGCAGUGAGGUCAGAGUAAAAGAUAUUGAAAAAGAGAACAAGAUCCUUCAUGAAACAGUUACAGAAGCUAGUAGCAAACUGAGCAAGCUGGAAUUUGAAAAGAAACAGUUACAGAAGGAUUUUGACCAGGUUAAAGAGAAAGUGGAAAGAGUGGAAGAAAUGGAGAAAGAACUCCAUCGACUGGAGAGGGAGAACGAACAGCUCACGAAGAAGGCAGCAGCCAUGAAAAUAGUGACUGAAAAAGUUGAAGUUCUUGAGCAGGAAAAUGGGGAUCUGGAAGUGGAAAAUAGGAAAUUAAGAAAAUCCCUGGACACAUUGCAGAAUGUUUCCAUCCGGCUUGGGGACCUGGAAAGGGACAACAAGCAGUUGGAUGAAGAAAAUCUGGAGCUCAGGAGAGUGGUAGAGACCAUGAGAUUUACCAGCACAAAAAUGGCACAAAUAGAAGCAGAGAAUAAAGAUUUGGAGAGGGAGAAAGAAGACCUAAGGAAGAAUGUAGAAAUGUUAAAAGUGCUGAGCAAGAAAUCAGAAAGGCUGGAGCUAAGCUAUCAAAGUGUCAACUCCGAAAACCAGAGACUUCAGCAAAUGCUGGGGAACAGCAGCAAAAAGAUCCAGGAGCUGGAGAAAGAAGUGCAGGGAAUGGAGAGUGAAAAUCAGGUCCUCCAGAGAAACCUGGAGGAGCUAAAGAUUUCUACCAAACAGCUAGAGAGGUUAGAGAAGGAGAACAAAGACCUAGAGCAAGAAAUGUCUCAGCUGGAGAAAGACAAAAAAAUGCUAGAGAAAGAAACAAAGCGGCUUUGGCAGCAAGUGGAACUGAAAGAUGCUAUUUUGGAUGAUAGCACAGUCAAGUUGGCGGCUGCUGAGAAAGAAAAAACGACACUAGAAAAGGAAAUUGCUCGAUUCAGAGAUUCAUCUAAUAAGCUGAAAGAAUUUGAAAAGGACAAUAAAGAUCUCAUAAAGCAAGUUACAAUUGAUAAAAGAACACUAGCUACAUUGAGAGAGGAUCUGGUUCUGGAGAAGCUGAAGAGUCAACAGUUGUCUAGUGAGCUGGACAAACUGAGCCAGGAACUGGAGAAGAUAGGAUUGAACAAGGAGCUGCUGCUACAGGAUGACAAUGGCAAUGAUGAGACAAAAUACAAGAUUCUGGAAAGCAAAACUGAAUCAGCACUAAAAACAGCAGUAGCUCUGAAAGAGGAAAAGAUUGCAAUGCUAGAAGCUCAAAUGAAAGACUCUCUGAACUUGAACCAACAGUUACAGAAUGAGCUAAAUAUGGUAAAGAAGGACUUUGAUGCACUCAAGCAGACCCAACUGGAUGGGCAGCGUGCUCAGAAUUCACUGGAGCAUACUGCAGAGAAACUCAUUCCCAAUCACCAAAUGAAGGAGAUACUGGAAACAGGGCACCGAGAAGCUACCAUGGAGCUUCUGAAACUGAAGGACAGGGCAAUCGAAUUGGAAAGGAAUAAUGCUGCCCUGCAUACUGAGAAGCAGCUGCUUAAAGAACAGCUGAAGCACUUGGAAAUGCAGAAUGUCUCCUUCAACAAUCAGAUCUUGACACUGCAGAAACAAAAUGUUUUCCUUCAGGAGCAUAACACUGCCCUGCAGACGCAGACAGCCAAACUCCAGGUGGAAAAUUCAACCCUCAGCUCCCAGAGUGCUUCACUAAUGGCCCAGAAUGCUUUACUCCAAAAUCAGCAGACAGCCAAGGAGAAUGAGAAUGAAAAUCUCCUGAAACAGAAGGAGCAGCUAAAAGCUGAAUACGAAUCAUUGCUUCAAGAUCAUGAACACCUUGCUUCACUGCAUGAACGGCAGUCCACAGAAUAUGAAAUGCUAAUAAACCAGCACAGCUGCCUGAAAGCAUCACACAAAAACCUGGAUCUGGAGCAUAAAAGUCUGGGCGAGAGAUACAACAGUUUAAUGAAACAUAAGGCAGAACUGGAAGAGCUGGAAAUAGUUUUAAAAACUGAGAGAGAGGUUCUGCAACAAGAAAGGAGAACAAAUGCAAUAACCACUGGGGAAAAUCAGAAGCUGAGGGAGGAACUCGACAGGGUGAAUUUCUUGCAUAGCCAACUGAAGGCAGAAUAUGAAGGGCUACAUUCACACACUAAAGAGCUGAAAACUUCCUUGAACAACUCUCAGCUAGAGCUGAAUCGUUGGCAAGCUCGCUAUGAUGAGCUGAAAGAACAGCACCAGUCCAUGGAUAUCUCUCUGACCAAGCUGGAUAACCACUGUGAGCUGCUAUCCCGUCUAAAGGGAAAUCUGGAAGAAGAGAACCAUCAUCUCCUGAGUCAGAUUCAGAUGCUGAGCCAGCAGAAUCAGAUGCUGCUGGAGCAGAACAUGGAGAACAAAGAGCAGUAUCAUGAAGAGCAGAAACAGUAUAUUGAUAAGUUAAAUGCCUUAAGGAGGCACAAGGAAAAACUUGAAGAGAAGAUAAUGGAUCAGUAUAAGUUUUAUGAUCCUACUCCAAAAAAGAAAAACCACUGGAUUGGAGCCAGAGCCUUAGUCAAAUUAAUCAAGCCAAAGAAAGAGUCUACAAGGGAGCGGGUGAAGUCAUCAGUAGAGAGUCCUCCAUGGCAUUCUGAAUCCCCAGAAACAGUAGCUUCUCCAUCCAUCUCCCAAAAACUGAAACAUCCACAAGACAGUCAGGAUAACACUUCUCAAGGGUCAAACUCCAUGGAAGAGAGAGAGAACCCUGGGGGUUCUUCAAACAAAGUGCUAACGGACCUGAAGCAAAAGAGGAAUUCCCAUCAUGGAGGCAGCAAUGAUAACGUUGAAAUCUCGGCAGACUCUGCAGCAAAGCACUACUGUGCAGAGCUGGGUUCCAGGACUUACUCUACCUCAGCUAUUCACCUGCACACUUCCACCCCCAUCUCCAGGCUCCAGAGCAGACCAAAAGGCUAUAAUUCAGACGAUAAUCUAUGUGAACAGUCCCCUGAGGUAGAGUUUGCAAGCACCAGGCAACGUGUGUCCAGGCCAAACAGUUCAGAGAGCAGUAGAAACGCAUCCAGCAGUAGUUCACCCCUCAACUUGAAAGGUUCCUCAGACCAUAUCCAUGGUAGAACUGAGAGCCUCAGCAGUGAAGAUAUGGUGCCAAGCAGAGAGGCACCAGUCUUGCUCCAAGACAACUAUUCCUUUCACUCUGCUUCAGCCAUCUUAGGCCCUAGCAGCAGGCAUGAGUCCUUCUUCCACAGGGAUGGCUUAGCCUCUAUACCUCAGAAGAGUACUCCAGCCCAGUCUUACAUAGGCAGGCAACGGUCUGCCUCACCUGGCAGUGAGAUGGUGACUUUGGAAGAGUUCCUGGAAGAGAGCAACAGGCUAUCCCCACCAAGUCGUCGGCGCAGUCUAAAUGAGAGUGAAAUGAUUUCAUUGCACCAAUUUCUGUUAGAAGCUGAUGCACUGUAUCCCUCUUGCCACUCCCUGUGUCCUUCCCUUCAUCAGGAUCCUUCACAGUCACUCGAAUCAGUCCUCAGUCAUUCAUGUCCUGACAGCGUGAGGCACAGAACAGGCAGGGGAAACAGGAGAUCUACUUCACUGUAUAUCCCCAGGGACACCUCCAGUAGCAGAGAUGAUUUGCUGAGUGAUUAUUUUAGGAAAACAAAUGAGUCUUCAGCUACUGGAAACCUGCUGGUUCUUUCAUCCAGAAAGGAGGCUGCUAAGAUGCCCACUAGUCAUGUUUCUCCAACUGUAAAGAUGACCAUUGCCAAUGAAGAGGGAAGAAUGACUAAGCCUGGUAAUUUUGUGAAGCCAAACCUCAGACAAGUUGAACCUGAGCCUCUGACAAACUCCCAGGGGUCCCUUAAGUUUCCUCACAUGCCACAGCACCAGCCCGUCAGUGGGAUGCGGCAGAUGGCACAACCACAGCAGCCUGGAACAAGCCGAAGGAGCACAUCACUGAGCAGGGCAUUUAGUUUAGCCUCUGCAGACCUCCUCAGAGCCACCGGCCCAGAGACAUACAGGCAGGAGACCCCCCAGAAGUCAGCAGCAGACCUGCGUGGAGGCAAGGACACUGUCAAUCAGGCCUCUAGGGUUUCUGUGCCAACCAACUCCCAGGCAACCUUAAGAGAGAGGCCACAGUCUGCAAAGGUGGCAGGUUCCUUGCAAGGUAUUGAUUCUCGUUGUCGGCAGCUUGAUGUGAGGCGUCUUUCGCUAGCCCCACCAAAAGACGAGCGGCCGCUCUCCUUCCAUCAGUUUUCUGCCUCACCCGCUGCAUCCACCAGCAAUCUGAACGUGCAGCAACAGGAGCGAGUGAACCCUGGGCAACACUACUCAUCUGCACCACACGCUCCCUCUAAAGUCAAACCCAAGACAGCCCCUCGUUCUGGGGAGGUGGUCACAGCGACCCCUGCCAGAGCUGUUCCCAGUAGCAUUGAGGGAAGUGCUUCUCUGGGACAAGGCCAGGGGGAUGCCCUCCAUACCAAGUGCCAGGGUAAGCUGCCAGAAUGCAGCACAGGGGCUAUAGAGGAGCCUGUCAGAGGAAGCAGCUCCAACGGCACUCCUGGCUCUCCGGACCCCCAAGGGGAUCAGCAGACUGUUUGGUAUGAGUAUGGGUGUGUGUAACCCACAGAUGCAGCUAGUAGUUUGUAUGUUUGGCACUGCUGACGUCCGGCAUAGCAUUCAUCUAGACACUGCGCCAGAUCUUAAAGGGCGUCACCUGCACACUGAUCUAAAUGUUCUCAGAGUACUGUUUUCUAGUUGGACGAAGUAAUUUCUGUGAUGAAGAGGGAAAAAAGGAGCAAAACCCUGAUUCUUCUUUUGACACUAUUGUGCCUAAAACAAAGUGGAAGCCUGACCUAAUCCCACAACAGGCUUUGCUCCUGAUUCUCAGAUGGGCUGAGCUUUCUCUGCUCCAGGAGAUGCUAGCAGGGUCCUCUGAAAAUCCAGCCUGUUCUGUCAUCACAGCACUACACACCCCUCCUACCUGCAUUAAAGAGGAGUUUCACAGGUCACGUGUGCUGAGUCCUGCCCCCACCCCUCUUGACUUAAACCAUUCUGAGAAGGUCGUGUAAAAGCCAAACUUCUCCCCCAGAAGACAGAACCAGACUCUUGUGGUAGCUUAAAGAGAAAACAAGAUUGAACGUGCAUGGCUGCAGCCAUGGAUCUGCUAAAUCAAUUCUCCUUGCCACAGCCCCAUUUUAGAGAUGCAAUGCCUAGAAUUCAAGGGUCACACCUUAACCUUCCCCACUGGGACUGUCCAAGCACAGAGAGGUCAGUGUAACACUGCCUUCACUACAGCUGCAGCUCGGUGGAUCCUUGACUCUGAAAGCCAAGCGGUGCUGCCUUUUGAAACUUGUUUUUCGUUUUAUACAAACACUGGAACUAAUGCAGCCUUUUCAGGGGAGAUGCCAUUUCAAUUGCAAAGGUGGCAUCUCAUGUACAAAAGUGACUUGUAAGUAUGUAUAUAAAGAGCUCAAGUAUUGUAUAGGAGUGCUGUGUAAAUUGUGUUACUACAUCCUUGGGUGCAUGACUGCCCACAUCAUAAGUGAUACGUGGGAAUCCAUCUCUUAGAAAAUCCUUUUAAUGUCUCUGAGAAAUUGGUUCAGUAUAGAAAGCAAAAUAAUUUUGUAUACAUGUGAAAGAAAUAUACUUUUAAAAAUCUAUUUAUGUGCAAAGAGGUUCCUUGUACCUGUCUGUCCAGAGUUUCAUCAGCUGCUUAUGUAUAUAUGAUCAAAUGUGCAUCUUUAAUUCUUUGUUUGUAAAUGUUUUUUUCUUUCAGUAGACUAAAUCCCUAAAAGAUAAUAAAUAUUUCUGGUUUGCUGGUUCUGAUUUAAUCUAGUAAAAGAUAUAACUGAUUCAGCUAAGGAUGCUUUUUUUACCUGGUAUGUAGUAAUCACAUUCUGGAAACUACAAAAUUGUUUAUAAUAAAGAUUAAA